GUUUAUAGUUUGAUCACUUUCAUUGAGUGUAUUAGAUGCAGACCCUAAAUUUAUAGAACCGGUUUUGAAGCAGGCUGAUAAAUUGUUAUGUUCUGUGUUUACAGUGGCAUCAUGAGACCUGGCCUCAAUGCCAUUCUGGGACCCACAGGUGGUGGCAAAUCUUCGUUGUUAGAUAUCUUAGCUGCAAGGAAGGAUCCGAAUGGAUUAUCUGGAGAUGUUUUGAUAAAUGGAGCACCUCGACCUGCCAAUUUCAAGUGUAAUUCAGGUUAUGUGGUACAAGAUGAUGUCGUGAUGGGAACUCUGACAGUGAGAGAAAAUUUACAGUUCUCAGCAGCUCUCCGGCUUCCGACCACCAUGACGAGUCAUGAAAAAAAUGAGCGAAUUGACAAGGUCAUUCAGCAGUUAGGUCUGGAUAAAGUGGCCGAUUCCAAGGUAAUGUGGAAAAACCAGACAGGAUCAUAG